CUGGAUGGCGAGAGGGAAAGUAGACCAAGCAGUGAUGUCCAUUCUCUCCACCUGUUUUUCCUACUUUUUGUCUUUUCCGAUCUUCCUUUUCAGAGAAAACCUUGCUAAAUCUACCGACGGGCACUUGUGUUCAAAGACACCCACCCCACCCCGCUUCUCUGUGCGUGCCCAGGAACCAUGCAGUCUCCCAAAAAAAGCUUGAUUUGCAACUUAAACCACGUCCACUUGCAACACAUCUCCUUGGGGCUACACCUCUCCAGGCACCCGGAACUUCAGGAGGACGCCAACAGCUUGGGGCCAUCAAGGGAACAAUUGGGUUGCUACGAAUGCGAGGAACAUGGUGAUCACUUGGUCCCAAGCUGGGUGGACGCCAACUCCAACAACCCAUCGUUGACUUGCCGGUGUUGUGAGGCUCACCCAAUAUCAUCUGAAGUCAAUCAGGGCCUCCAGGCGCCAUCUUCCUUGACCAACCGCCCAACUGUCAAUCAUGAAGAAGAAGAGGUGGAGGAGGAGGAAGAAGAAGAAGAAGAGGAGGAGGAAGCAUCUCCUUCAGACCCAACUUCUUCGUCCAUCAGCAGCUGCUCGGAUCUCAGCUUGGAUGAAUCUCCCGUCUCGGUGUACUGCAAGCCCUUCCCUGCUGAAGAGGCCCGAAGUCCAGAAAGCCAACCAAACAUUGUCCCCUUGGAGGACACGCAGAAUGUGGUCCACCACCAAGAGAGAGCUCCAAACCUUAAUGUCCCCAUGGUUGAACAUCCUGAGGCUCAUAUCUGGGAUAGUCCGGAUAGUUUGUACAGCAGCAGCUCCCCGGAAUCUCCAUUUGACAUUUCUCCUCCUUGUCCGGAAAGCCAAGAAGGAUCAUCUCAGGUUGGGUCCAUCAAAGUUCCUGCUCUCAUUCCGCCUCCUGUCCGCCCCUGCAGGGCACCUCCUGCGGUGCCGGUGGUCCCCCCUCGUGGGCCGCAAAUAGAUUCCAACUGCAACGCGCUCCCAGCCCAAGAGGUCAAACAGCCCGACAGCGUCUCCUUGGGCCAAGUGGACAUCAACUCCAACCGAGCCACGCCGGCGAGGUCUCGUUUCGGAGGCGUGCCUCCACCGAUUCCCCCUCGGACCAAAAGGGGUCUUCAGGGGUUGAGAAGAAAUGAAGGGGGCAAGCCACCUCCAGAGGUGGUGGUCCCUCCUGAACCCGUGGAGCACCGCAGCGAACCCCAAGGAGAAACAUCUAAGAAGAUCAUCACCUCUUUCCAUGAGUUGGCUCAGAAGAGGAAGAAGAUGACAUCCAAGAAAGACCAAAGUGACUGGCUGAUUGUCUUUUCUCCUGACACGGAGAUGCCUCCGUCUCACGAACUCAGCUGGGGAACCAGACAGGAGACCACCAAGCCGUCCACGUGUCCGGUGGAGCCUUCUCCUCCCGCCCUCGGUUUCCAACGGGGGAUCAUCACGUUCAAGGACCUCCGUCAUCGGAAGCAGAACAGCCAACUGGCCACCAAGGUGGGCAACCCAAGCCAUCAACGGGGGAAUCCUGCUCAAGGGGUCCCCGACGGUCACACUGGGAGAGAGACGAGCGACUCGGAACCGGUGGCCAAUGGACAUUUGUGGGUCGCGAAGGAAAUCCCGCCCCGGAUGAAGCGAUCUCGUCCGGGUCUACAGCCGAUUGUGGAAGGAGGUUCGGAUGAUGGAGAUGAUGUUGGAGUCAAGCCAAAACAGCUUGGGAGACCCUUGGAGACUGAGUCCCAGGAGAGGUGGGAUCCGGACGUCUGCAGGAAGGCAGAGACGGGGGACAGGAAAGUCUCUAAGGCUCACCAGGUCCUCCCUCGGCCUCCGGGUCUCCAUGUCCCUUUCCCCCCAGCAAGGGGGCAGGCUACUGGACCCUCUUCUCUCCUUCCCCACCCUCCCAGCUUGGAAAACGCAGCUCAGCUGCCCCCUGACCCGUCAGUGGCAGCCUUUUGUCCGAGACUGAAGACACUCUCCUGCGAAGACGUUUGCUUAUUGGCAACCCGGCAGGGACCGCUUUUCGACGCGGUGUCUCCGGACCUCCCCAUCCGUCUCUCGCCCAUCGGGGCUUAUUCCCCACCGGCUCGAAGCCUGCUCCCCUUCCUCAGCAGCCCUGAUCUGGCCGUCCUGUUCUCCCCCUUUUUCCCCUCCAGCAAAUCCUUCCCCAUCUUAGCUUUCCCCACCCACCAGGUGCCCGAGCUGUCACUUGGAGCCCGAGACCCCAUGGGAAAACAGGGUGGAAAGGGUCCCUGGGGGAAAGCUAUGAGCGCCAAGGAGUCGGGAGCCCCUCGCCAACUUCGACAUUCUCGGUCCUUUGCUGGGGUCUCACUCCAAGGGUGCCCAGCGAGGACAGGAGAUGCGGUCUCUACACAGCUUCGACAACAGAAAAAAGCGCUUCUGGUGGCCGUCAGUGCUUCCGUGGACAAAAUCAUGGCUCACUUCAGCACCACCAGGAACCUCGUUCAAAAGGCUCAGCUGGGUGACAGUCAGCUGACCCCCGAAGUGGGGUAUUUGAUCCUUAAUACGCUGUGCCCCGCCUUGCACGCCCUGGUGGGUGACGGCCUGAAGCCUUUUCAAAAGGACGUCAUCACGGGACACCGGCCCAGUUCUCCGUGGAGCGUCAUUGAAGCUUCGGCCAGGCCAGGCCCCCACACCAGAUCCUUCACCGCGUUAUACUGGCGGGUGUCACGGCUGGCGCCACUCCGGAGUAACCACCAACGUUUCCACGCUUUUAUCCUGGGCCUUCUGAAUUUGAAGCAAGUAGAGGAAUGGUUCGCGCAGCUGCAAAGAAACUCAGAGCUGAUCUCUUCCCUCUACCUGCCUACCGCUUUCCUCCUCCUGAGCCAGCGGUUCUGUCACCGUUGGGCUGAAGAGCUACUUCUCCUCCUGCAACCCCUUUCCGUCCUCACCUUCCAACUGGACUUGCUCUUCGAACACCGCCACCUGCCCGUCAGCGUCCGGCCGGUGACCCAGCGAGGCACCCCGUCUCCUGAACUCAGCGCCGAUCACUGGGAGAGCCCGCCGGAUUUAUCCGAACCUCCGAUUUCUUUGGACGCUUUGGAAGAUGGGUUCUGGGCUCCAUCCAGCCCCUUCCAGGAAUGGCUUCUGCCCCAGAGAUUUCUGGGGUGGAAAGACCGGCUGGCCAGCACCCUCCGUGGGAAUGGGAGCCCAGCUUGGGCCCAGCCGGGGCUCAAAGAGGAGACCCCGAACCAACCAUCGAGCAAGUGGAAGCCCCAGUGGACCAAGCUAUGGGUGGCCAUCAAGGAAAGCCGGGCUGCAGCCGGAGAUGCCGACGCCGAGGAAUGCCCGAAACUUGGAAAAAAAGAGACGGAAAAACAGGCAUCGGUUGGCAAGGAAGAAAGCUCGGCGUCAGGGAGCCAUCCCAAGCCAGCAAUGGAUACCCCUGAGGCAGGAGAAGUCUAUCUGGAAGGAACCCAAGUGGGCGAGAAAUUGGAGGCGGGAAACGGGAACGAAAGGUGGCUGGGAUGGCUGUUUGGAGCCAAUUCUCCCGGGACGCUGAACGAGACGGAUUUGAGUCUACCCCGGGCUAGUAGGCGGCCCUCGAGAUGGCUCUGCCCCACCGUUAACGCGCUGGCCCUCGCGAGGAAGGGGGGACCGACCCAGAAGUCCUGGCAAGAGGAAGACGGGACACAGAACCCCCCAGACCCAUUACAGACCUACAAAGCUGUGCGGGCUCUCUGCGACCACACAGGCGAUGCCGCUGGCCACUUGGCCUUUUGCAAAGGCGACAUUCUGCAAGUGAUGGAGACGGUGGACGAAGAUUGGCUCAAAUGCCUCUCCGGAGACCGGCAAGGCCUCGUUCCCGUGGGUUACACGUCCCUCAUCAUGUGACAUCAUGUCCAGGCCAGGUGGAAGGAAGAAGGGGGACCCCCAAGGAUGGAGGAUCGAACUAACCUCCCCCCCCAAACUGCUGUUUUUUUUUUUUAAAAAAAACAUCACCCCUAAAAGCACUGACUAGGUGGCUCAGCGGCUAAGAAGCUGAGCUUGUCGCUCCGAAAGGUCGGCAGUUCGGCGGUUCGAAUCUCUAGUACCUGCCUGAGCAGGGGGGGUUGGGCUAGAUGACCUCCAAGGUCCCCUCCCAACUCUUGUUUACCGUUAAACAAAUGACUGAAGCACCGCGGAGGGAGCUGCCUAGCACCGCACCAGGGAUCGUUUCAAAACCUCUCGUAACAUGCCGAACUCUGCUUUCUUGAA